UAGCAGACUGCUCCCCUAGUAGUUACAGUGGAAGGUACGGGAGAGGCAGUCGGAGGCAUGGAAACCCAUACAUGGCUCUGUCUCCUUUCACAUUAACAUUAUCGAAGCCUAGCUACAGAUAUUGACUGCACUGUUCGUGUUAAUGCAAUGAAGCAAAUGCAGGUUCUUGUGUAGGCACAACGCACAGAAGAGGGAGGAGGCCUUUGACAGUUUACUGGACUGAUGGCUCCAGAGUGACAUGCCAUGGCUUUAAUGAUCCCCCCGGUGAAGCUCAAAUGGCUGGAGCACCUAAACAGCUCAUGGAUCACGGAGGACAGCGAGUCCAUAGCCACGCGGGAGGGAGUCUCGGUGCUCUACUCAAAGCUGCUGGCCAACAAAGAGGCUGUGCUGCUGCCCCAGCAGGUGCUGUGUCUGAAAGGCCCCCAGCUUCCAGACUUUGAGCGUGAAUCCCUCUCUAGCGAUGAACAGGAGCACUACCUGGAUGCCCUACUCAGCAGCCAGUUGGCCUUGGCCAAGAUGGUCUGCUCUGACUCUCCCUUUGCUGCUGCCCUGCGCAAACGCGUGCUGGUGCUCCAGCGCAUCUUCUACGCACUUUCCAACAAGUACCACGACAAGGGAAAGGUCAAGCAGCAGCAGCACUCUCCAGAGAACAACUCGGGCUCGGCUGAUCUGCACUCUGUCAGCGAGCGGCCACGCUCCAGCACCGAUGCCCUCAUUGAGAUGGGUGUCCGCACGGGCCUCAGCCUUCUUUUUGCUCUCCUACGCCAGAGCUGGAUGAUGCCCCCUCCGCCAGGCCCCGGUGGAGGUCCUGGUGGCAACAUAAACUUGUGUAAUGACGUCAUCCACACAGCUAUUGAUGUGGUUAGCUCCCUGCCGCCCCUCUCUCUGGCCAACGAGAGCAAGAUCCCGCCAAUGGGCCUGGACUGCCUGGCCCAGGUCACCACUUUUCUGAAGGGGGUGACCAUGCCAAACUCCGGGGCGGAUAUUUUCGGGCGGCGGCUUGCCUCAGAGCUACUGCUAGGGCUGGCUUCCCAGAGAGGGUCCCUGCGCUACUUGCUGGAGUGGAUUGAGAUGGCCUUGGCUGCAUCAGCUGUGGUCAGUGCUAUGGAGGAGAACAAGGUGCUACAGAACCAAGAAGGGCUCAUCGGCUACGACUGUUUCAUGAACAUCCUCAUGCAGAUGAGACGAUCUUUGGGCUCCUCAGCAGAUCGCAGCCAGUGGAGAGAACCCACACGAUCCUCUGAUGGCUUGUGCUCACUGUAUGAGGCAGCACUCUGUCUUUUUGAAGAAGUAUGUCGAAUGGCAUCGGACUACUCCCGCACCUGUGUCAGCCCAGACAGCAUUCAGACCGGUGAAGCACCCGUGGUGUCUGAAACCUGUGAGGUGUACGUAUGGGGCAGUAACAGCAGCCACCAGCUAGUGGAGGGUACACAGGAGAAGAUCCUGCAGCCCAAGUUGGCCGCCAGCUUCGCCGAUGCACAGACAAUUGAAGCAGGCCAGUACUGCACUUUUGUGAUCUCGUCUGAUGGCUCCGUGAGGGCCUGCGGGAAGGGCAGCUACGGCCGCUUGGGCCUCGGGGACUCUAACAACCAGUCAACGCUCAAAAAGCUGACCUUUGAACCCCACCGUGCCAUCAAGAAGGUGUCGUCAUCCAAGGGCUCGGAUGGCCACACGCUGGCCUUCACUACGGAGGGCGAGGUGUUCAGCUGGGGGGACGGUGAUUAUGGCAAGCUGGGUCACGGGAACAGCUCAACGCAGAAAUACCCCAAACUUAUCCAGGGGCCACUACAGGGGAAGGUGGUGGUGUGCGUGUCUGCUGGCUACAGACACAGUGCUGCAGUCAGUGAGGAUGGAGAGCUGUACACAUGGGGUGAAGGAGAUUUUGGAAGAUUAGGUCAUGGUGACAGCAACAGCCGAAACAUUCCUACCCUGGUUAAAGACAUCAGCAAUGUGGGUGAGGUGUCAUGUGGGAGCUCCCAUACUAUUGCGCUGUCAAAGGAUGGACGCACCGUGUGGUCCUUUGGAGGAGGGGACAAUGGAAAACUAGGUCAUGGUGAUACUAAUCGAGUCUACAAGCCAAAAGUAGUGGAGGCCCUGCAAGGAAUGUUCAUCAGAAAAGUGUGUGCAGGAAGCCAGUCGUCUCUCGCCUUAACCUCCACCGGACAGGUGUACGCUUGGGGCUGUGGUGCCUGCCUGGGGUGUGGUUCUUCUGAGGCCACAGCACUCAGACCCAAGCUAAUCGAAGAGCUGGCUACCACCAGGGUGGUGGACAUCUCCAUAGGGGACAGUCACUGCCUGGCCUUGUCACAUGACAAUGAAGUAUAUGCAUGGGGCAACAACUCCAUGGGCCAGUGUGGCCAGGGGAACUCCACAGGGCCAAUCACCAAGCCCAAGAAGGUUGUCGGCCUGGAUGGAGUGGCGAUUCAGCAGAUCUCAGCCGGCACUUCCCACAGCCUGGCGUGGACAGCCCUGCCCAGAGACAGGCAAGUGGUGGCUUGGCACAGGCCCUACUGUGUCGACCUCGAAGAAAGUACCUUCUCCCACUUGCGCUCAUUCCUUGAGCGCUACUGUGACGGCAUCAACAGUGAAGUUCCCCCUCUUCCGUUCCCCUCAUCCAGGGAGCAUCAUAACUUCCUCAAGCUGUGCCUUCGGCUUUUGUCCAAUCAUCUGGCUCUGGCUCUGGCCGGGGGCGUGGCCACCAGUAUUUUAGGUCGGCAGGCAAGGCCCCUGAGGAACCUGCUCUUCAGACUGAUGGACUCCUCCGUGCCAGAUGAGAUUCAGGAGGCGGUGAUUGAGACUCUGUCAGUGGGGGCCACCAUGCUGCUGCCUCCACUGAGAGAGAGGAUGGAGCUUCUUCACUCCUUGUUGCCUCAGGGCCCUGACAGAUGGGAGAGUCUCUCCAAAGGACAGAGGAUGCAGCUAGACAUUAUCCUGACCAGUCUCCAGGACCACACCCAUGUGGCCUCGCUCCUGGGUUACAGCUCUCCUGCUGAUGGCCCUGAGGUCCUUUCUUCUGGCCCGGGCUUCACAGCUUCCCCAGACCCCACAUACAGCGCCACAGCAGGCCACCCUGACACCCACCUGGCUGAGAUCCUAAUGAAGACGCUGCUCAGGAACCUGGGCUUUUAUACUGAUCAGGCGUUCGGUGAACUGGAGAAGAACAGUGAUAAGCUGCAGCAGGGCCUGUCCUCGUCUGACAGCAGCCAACCAGCUCACCUCCACCAACUGCUGUGCUCCCUGCAGAAGCAACUAUUAGCAUACUGCCACAUUAACUCUGUCACUGAGAACUCCAGCAGUGUGGCUUUACUCCACAAGCAUCUGCAGCUGCUGCUGCCUCAUGCCACAGAUAUUUUCUCUCGCUCGGCUGCUCUGAUAAAAGAGAGUUCCUGGAAUGGAAGCAUACGAGAGAAGCUACAAGAUGUGAUCUACGUGUCAGCGGCCGGCAGCAUGCUGUGCCAAAUAACCAACUCCCUGCUGCUGCUCCCGGUGUCGGUGGCGAGGCCUCUGCUCAGCCACCUGCUGGAACUGCUGCCUCCUCUGGACCGCCUCAACAGGCUGCUGCCUGCUGCCGCCCCUCUGGAGGACCAGGAGCUGCAAUGGCCUCUUCAUGGUACCUCUGACUUUGCCGAGCCAGCAUCGGGGAUGUCCCUGCCACAGCCGGCCCUCUCCUGGGUGUGGCUCGUGGAUCUGGAGAGGACAGUUGCCCUGCUGGUGGGCCGUUGCCUCGGUGGGAUGCUGCAGGGAGCUCCCACCUCACUGGAGGAACAGGACACUGGUUACUGGCUCAAAACGCCCCUAUUCAGCAAUGGCUUGGAAAUGGAUAUCCCACAGCUCGACGCGAGCAUCAGCUCAUUACUGGAAGCAGCACUGUCCGGUAACGAAGAGCAGAAGCCCUUUGACUGCACACUACGUCCUGACUUGAGCGUCCUGGUGGAUUUAGCCCUGUGUUCCUCUAAAGAACCUGCCAACAGCCUCUGGAUCAACAUGCAGGACUACGCUAUGAGCAAAGACUGGGACAAUGCGUCUCUCAGUAACGAGUCCCUGUUGGACACCGUGUCCAGGUUUGCGUUAGCAGCCUUAUUAAAGCACACAGGGCUGCUGGGCCAAGCCUGUGGAGAGGGCAGGUACCAACCAUCUAAGGCCCUUGCAGAGGUGUAUCGCUGUGUUUAUAAGGUACGAAACCGCCUGCUGGCCUGUAAGAAUAUGGACUUCAUCCAGACGAGAUCCUCUUCGCGUGAGAGGAGAAUUUCAGACAAUCAGGACUCUCUGGACAUGGACCCUCAGGAGCACUCAUUCACACGCACCAUCGACGAGGAGGCCGAGCUGGAAGAGAGAGCUGACCGCGAGAGAGAGGAGGGCCAUCAGGAACAAGACGAUGAAGAGGAGGACAGGGAACACGAAGUUAUGACGGCUGGAAAAAUCUUUCAAUGUUUCCUCUCAGCGCGGGAGGUAGCUCGCAGUCGGGACAGAGAGCGGGCCAGCAGCAGCACAGGACUGGGCUCUGGCUCUGUUUCCAGGAGCGGAGGAGGAGGCGGAGAGGAGGACGCCAUUCUGUCUCAGGAGGGGAGGAGGGGCAGUACAGGCCUCCCAGAGGGCCAGGACCUGUACACAGCAGCCUGUAACUCUGUGAUCCACCGCUGUGCCCUGCUGUUGCUGGGGGUGAGCCCUGUGCUGGGCGAGAUGACCAAGCAGAACCAGGAAGAGGGCCAGACCCAGUCAGCCACUGGGACACAGGAGUGUCUGAGCUUCAUGACCAGGAGUGAGAGUCUGAGUGCGGAGAGCCGCUCAGUGCAGAGCAGCCCGAGUUACAGGCUGAUCAAGUCCCGGAGCGAGUCUGACCUCUCUCAGCCUGAGUCAGACGAAGAGGGUUACACUCUGAGUGGAAGGAGAAAUGUUGACCUGGACUUGGCGUUCUCUCACAAAAAGAGAGGUAAUAAAGAUGUUUCACAGACAGAUCUGACUAAUGUUGCAAGCUUACUUCAAAGCUCGCCAGACUCCCUGGCUGAGUCCUGGUUCCGGGCCAAACUCAGCCGCCAGCGGACCUACAGCUCGGCACACUCCUACGAAGACUCCGAGCUGGACCUGAGCCGCACACUGGGCAUCCAUGCUCUCAUUGACAACAUGGUCAGCUUCAUCAGUGGCGAUGUGGGCCUGGCUCCAGCCUUCAAGGAGCCAGAAGAAAGUAUGUCCACCAGCCCACAGGCAACUAUCCUGGCCAUGGAACAGCAACAGAGCAGAGGAGAGCUGCGGUUGGAGGCACUCCACCAGAUUGUGGUGUUGAUCUCUGGCAUGGAGGAGAAGGGCAGUCAGCCAGGGAAUGCAGAUCGAUCCAGCAGUGCAUUCCAGUCCUCCUCUCUGCUCACCUCCGUCCGGUUGCAGUUCCUGGCAGGAUGUUUUGGCCUCGGCACCGUGGGCACUGGAGGCCUGAAGAGAGAGAGCGUGCAGCUACAUCACUAUCAGGAUGGUGUCAAAGCAGCUAAGAGGAGCCUCCAGAUGGAAAUCCAAACAGCCGUUCAUAAGAUCUACCAGCAACUGUCUGUCACACUGGAGAGGGCGCUGCAGGCGAACAAGCACCACAUAGAAGCCCAGCAGCGCCUCCUGCUGGUGACUGUGUUUGCCCUGAGUGUUCGCUACCAGCCAGUGGAUGUCUCCUUGGCCAUCUCCAGUGGCCUGCUCAACGUGCUCUCCCAGCUCUGCGGGACAGAGACGAUGCUGGGGCAGCCGCUCCAGCUGCUGCAGAAACCCGGAGUGUCUCAGCUCAGCACCGCCCUCAAGGUGGCCUCCACACGCCUGCUGCAAAUACUGGCCAUCAGCACCGGCACGUAUGCAGACAAGUUAAGUCCCAAAGUCGUCCAGUCGCUGCUGGACCUGCUCUGCAGUCAGCUGAAGAACCUGCUGUCUCAGGCAGGAGUUAGUCUUCUCUCUUCUGGAAAAGACCAGGAAGACAACAAACAGGAGGACAGUGCAGACUCUGAAAAGAAAGACUUCAGAGCGUUGGUGCGCAAGCAGCAUACUGCUGAGCUUCACCUUGGAGACUUCCUCGUCUUCCUCAGAAGAGUGGUGUCCUCCAAAGCCAUCCAGUCCAAGAUGGCCUCCCCUAAAUGGACUGAAGUGCUGCUCAACAUCGCUGCACAGAAAUGCUGCUCCGGGGUCCCUCUGGUGGGAAACUUGAGAACUCGGCUCCUAGCUCUUCAUGUGUUGGAAGCUGUCCUGCCUGCCUGUGAGGCCAAUAUGGAGGAUGACCAAAUGACACAGGUUGUUAAGCGGCUGUUCUCCCUGUUGUCUGACUGCAUGUGGGAAGCUCCCAUUGCCCAGGCCAAACACUCAAUCCAGAUUAGAGAAAAAGUUCAGGAACUCAAACUACAGGGAGAGGCAGAGGAGGAGGACGAGAACCUUCCCAUUCAGGAACUGUCCUUUGACCCAGAGAAGGCUCAGUGUUGUGUGGUAGAAAACGGCCAGGGGCUGACGCAUGGCAGUGGGGGUAAAGGCUAUGGCCUGGCCUCUACUGGUAUCUCCUCUGGAUGCUAUCAGUGGAAGUUUUACAUCGUGAAGGAGAACCGAGGCAACGAGGGUACAUGUGUAGGCGUUUCACGGUGGCCCGUGCACGACUUCAACCACCGCACCACGUCGGAUAUGUGGCUGUACCGAGCAUACAGCGGAAACCUGUAUCACAACGGGGAGCAAACGCUGACUCUUAGCAGCUUCACGCAGGGAGACUUCAUCACCUGUGUCCUGGACAUGGAGGCCAGAACCAUCUCAUUUGGCAAGAACGGAGAGGAACCAAAGUUAGCCUUCGAAGAUGUUGACGCCACGGAGCUUUAUCCCUGCGUGAUGUUUUACAGCAGUAACCCAGGAGAGAAGGUUAAGAUCUGUGACAUGCAGAUGAGGGGAACACCUCGAGACCUCUUACCUGGUGACCCAGUCUGCAGCCCCAUGGCCACUGUCCUGGCCGAGGCCACCACCCAGCUUAUCCGUAUCUUGCAUCGCACUGACCACUGGACCCAUCGCAUCAACAAGACCAUGAUCGAGCGGCUCCACAAAAUCAAACCGUGCUUUCGAGAGUCCGCCAGUGCAUCUGGCAGCGGUGGGGGUCAGAGGCUGAAAAAGAGCCGCUCGGUGCAGAGCCGCGAGGAGCACGACGCCCAAAAAGAAAGCCAAGAAACGCCAGUGAGGACAGAGGAGGAGAGGGGACGCCAUGGACGGCAGCAUGGCUUGGGCGAGCUGUCAGAGCACCACCUUAGGACACUCUGUACAGAAGUUUGGCCGGUUCUGGCGGUGAUCGGGGGGGCGGAUGCAGGCCUACGUGUAGGUGGCCGAUGUGUGCACAAGCAGACCGGGAGGCAUGCUACUCUGCUGGGCGUGGUGAAGGAAGGCAGUACCUCAGCCAAGGUGCAGUGGGACGAGGCCGAGAUCACAAUCAGCUUCCCAACUUUCUGGUCGCCUAGUGACACUCCGCUGUACAACCUGGAACCCUGCGAGCCGCUGCCCUUCGACGUGGCGUGUUUCCGUGGCCUCACCGCCUCGCUGCUGUUGGACCUCACCUACCUUACCAGCAUCCACGAGGAAACCGCCGCUAAGCUCAGCGCACGACGCCACGACAAGAAGCAUCGCAACGCAGCCUCGACUGGGCACGAGCCGACCGGUAACGAAGAAAAGGCGGACAAUGAGGGGCACAACCGUAUGAAUGAACAAAAGGAUAACCUUGGCGCCUCGCCCGGAGCAGCGCCAAACACCACAACCUCCGACCUGCGUGUGUCCCACAGUCUGGAUGAGGUGAAGGCACAUCUGGCACCCAACUCAAAGUCCGAGAGUGAGAUCUCCUCUGUGGUUAGCGGAGGGGCAGACGGAAAUGAGACCCUUUUUACUGCAGCUCCUCAUACUCCUGCUGAGGGGAACAGGAAGAAAGGCCACGAGCACGGCUCCCGCAGUCAUGAGCCUUCUACUUCCUCCAUUGCCACGCAGUCGGAAAUCCACGCUGUGCAGCUGUCCUACCUCUACCUGGGAGCCAUGAAGACCCUCAGCGCCCUGCUUAGCUGUAGCAAGUAUGCUGAGCUGCUGCUUAUACCAAAGGUGUUACCUGAAGCAGCACCCAGCGGGCACAAUGCUGAUCUAAAUGCCAGCACCAGUGGCAGCACAGCUGCCACCUCGCCAGUAUGCCAGGAAGAAGUGGAGAUGCGGGCGGCUCUGCAGUUUCUCAUGCGCCACAUGGUGAAGCGGGCAGUGAUGCGCUCCCCCAUCAAGCGGGCCUUGGGCCUGGCCGACCUGGAGAGGGCGCAGUCCAUGAUCUACAAACUGGUCGUGAAUGGGUUGCUGGAGGAGCACAGUGGGGGAAAGGCCAAGCCUGCUUUGUCUGUCUUGUCAUUUCCCUCAGGAGUGAGAAGUGAACCAGAGGGUGAGGGGGAAGGUAUAGAGGGUGAGCAGUUGGCACAAACCCCAGUCACCACCAGCCCCUCUGCCUCCAGCACCACCUCCUUCAUGAGUUCCUCGCUGGAGGACACCACCACCGCUACCACACCUGUCACAGACACGGAGACUGUCCCUGCCUCGGAGUCUCCGGGGGUCAUGCCUCUCAGCCUCCUCAGGCAAAUGUUCUCCAGCUACCCGACUACUACCCUGGUUCCAACCCGUCGAGCUCAGACUCCUCCGGUGUCCUCUCUGCCAACCUCUCCCUCAGAUGAGGUCGGCCGCCGGCAGAGUCUCACGUCCCCCGACUCGCAGCCCUCCAGACCACAAAACAGAACGGGUACCUCUAUGUCGGACCCCAGCAGCAGGCUGUCGACAUCUCCCCCUCCUCCUGCUAUCGCUGUGCCCUUAUUGGAGAUGGGCUUCUCCCUACGCCAGAUUACAAAAGCUCUGGAAGCCACCGGCGCUCGAGGAGAAGCAGACGCUCAGAACAUCACGGUGCUGGCCAUGUGGAUGAUCGAGCAUCCAGGUACAGAGGACGAGCAUGACGAGCCUCACACCAGAGGCAGCGGUGUUGGUGGUGACGGGUCCGACUCGUCCUGUCCGGGUGCAACAGCCUCUGCUGGAGGCAAAUCUCUGGACAGGAGUCCGUAUCUGUGCUCGCCUGGAGACAUCGCUAGUGCAGAUACUUCGGAAAUGGAGGAGGGCUUCAUCGAGAGUCCUGACGGUCUGGAGCAGGACAGUGCAUCAGCCUCCAGCGGUGGUCCACUCAGAGGACGCUCUGCUGUCGGUAGGAAACACCGCUUUGACCUGGCUGCGCGCACGCUCUUAGCCCGCGCCGCUGGACUGUACCGCUCGGUGCAGGCACAUCACAGCCAGUCACGUCGGGAGGUCUCAUCCCUCCAACAGCAACAAGAUCCGGGAGCCCUUUACGAUUUCAACCUCGAUGAAGAGCUGGAGAUGGACCUGGACGAGGAGACCAUGGAGGCCAUGUUUGGCCAGGACCUCGCCAGUGACACCGACAUUCUGGGAAUGUGGAUCCCGGAGGUACUGGACUGGCCAACAUGGCACGUAUGCGAGACAGACGAUCGAGAUGAAGUGGUGGUGUGCGAGUUGUGCGAGGCUAACGUGGCCAACUUCAAUCAACACAUGAAGAAGAGCCACCCAGGCUGCGGCCGCAGCGCCAACCGGCAAGGCUACCGCAGUAACGGCUCCUACGUAGACGGCUGGUUCGGAGGCGAGUGUGGGAGUGGAAACCCCUACUACCUGCUGUGUGGUAGCUGCAGGGAGAAGUACCUGGCCAUCAAAAGCAAGGCCAAAGUCCCCAUUGUGGAAAGGUAUAAGGGACAGGCUCCUGACCUCCUUGGAAAACAGGACAGUGUCUAUGAAGAGGACUGGGACAUGCUGGACGUUGACGAAGAAGAGAAGCUGACAGGGGAGGAGGAGUUUGAGCUUUUGGCCGGACCGCUGGGUCUUAGUGAGCGCAGGAUCGUCCCAGAGGCUGUCCAGUUCCCUGACAGCGACCCACUGGGAGCCUCCAUUGCCAUGGUGACAGCCUCCAACAGCAUGGAAGAGACCCUGCUGCAGAUAGGCUGUCAGACCUCGGUGGAUAAGAGUUCAUCGGGCAGGGUGACCCUCGGCGAGCAGGCAGCAGCCCUCCAGAACCCCCACGACCGAGUGAUGGCGCUGAGGAGGGUGACGGCUGCAGCCCAGGUGCUGUUGGCCCGAAGCAUGGUGAUGAGAGCCCUGUCCCUGCUGUCUGUCAGUGGCUCGAGCUGCAGCCUUGCAGCCGGUCUGGAGUCUCUGGGUUUGACCGACAUCAGGACUUUGGUCAGGCUGAUGUGCCUGGCAGCAGCAGGCCGAGCCGGUCUUUCCACCAGUCCUACAUCAGGCUCCGGCCAUGCUGAAAGGCCCCGCGGGGCUGCCAAGGCCAGCAAACCCAUCUCCUGUCUGGCUUACCUCAGCACAGCAGUGGGCUGCUUGGCCUCCAACAGUCCCAACGCCGCAAAGCUGCUGGUGCAGCUCUGCACUCAGAACCUGAUCUCGGCUGCUACCGGCAUGAAUCUGACCACAGUGGACGACCCCAUCCAGAGGAAGUUCCUGCCCAGCUUCCUGCGUGGCGUGGCCGAGGAGAACAAGCUCGUCACCUCUCCCAACUUUGUGGUCACACAGGCUCUGGUGGCCCUGCUGGCUGAUAAAGGCGCCAGACUCAGACCUGCUUAUGACAAGGCUGAUCUGGAGAAAAGAGGUCUAAUUGCGCACUUGUAUGCCCAUCCUUCCCAUAAUCCCUCCGCUGUAGGGCCUCUAGAGCUGGCCAAUGCUUUGGCGGCCUGUUGCCUGUCCUCCAGGCUCUCCUCGCAGCACCGCCAGUGGGCCGCCCAGCAGCUAGUCCGCACGCUGGCCGCCCACGACCGCGACAACAACCACAGCCGGCCGCAGACCUUCGUCGACAUGGCAGGGGACCUGCGAAAGUGCUCCUUCAUCAAGCUAGAGGCUCACCAGAGCAGAGUCAUCACGUGUGGUUGGUGCAGUAAGAAAGGCCUGUUGGCAACGAGUGGUAACGAUGGGACCGUCAGGAUGUGGAACGUAACCAAGAACCAGUACACCCUCCAGCAGACCUGCAUCUUCAAUAAGGAUGAUGGCUCUUCAGAGGAGGGCGUGUCAGGUUUGGGAUCUCCCAGCGAUCCUUGUAUGUCUCCUCUGGCAUGGAGUGUCACUGGAAAAUAUCUGGCAUCUGCCAUGGAGAAAAUGGUCAACAUCUGGCAAGUUAAUGGUGGCAGGGGCCUUUUGGAUGUGCAGCCUCAUUGGGUGUCGGCGUUGGCUUGGCCUAAAGAGCAGGCAGAGUCCUUGUGGUGCGGGGAACCCAAGGACAUGCUGCUGGUGGGACGAAUGGAUGGAUCUCUGGGGCUCAUUGAGGUGCUGGAUACCUCCAGUAUGCACCGCACCGAGCUGGAGCACUGCUACAGGAAAGAUGUGGCAGUGAUGCACAUAGCCUGGUACAGUGAAGACAAGCCUUUUGCUGUGGGCUAUGCAGAUGGCAAGCUGCUAAUGGGGUCCAAAGAGCCCUUAGAAAAAGGAGCCAUUGUGGUCAUUGAUGCACACAAGGAGUCAAUCACCAGUAUGAAGUGGAAUCCCACUGGACAGAUCUUGCUGACUUGUGCCAAAGAGGAGACGGUGAAGCUCUGGGCCAGUCCGGACUCUCACUUUGACUCAGGCUCUGGCUGGCGCUGCGUGCAGAGUCUUCGACACCCCUCCCCGGUUAACGGCGUGGCCUGGUGCAGCCUGCUGGGACGUGGCCCAAAGCACCUCAACAUGUUAGCCAUAUGCUGCCAGAAUGGCCUGGUCACAGUCUGGACUGUUCCUCAAAACAUCUCUAACUUCCCAGAAUCCUCCCCUGAGUCAGAGGGAUGGUGGGAGAAUGAAGCAAAACCGAAAUUCAUGAGCCGUAGGAGAAAAGACCGUGCGUUCCCCCACUUACCUGCUGUCACUGUGUUGCAGUCUUCCCGGUGGUCAGGAAAUGGAGCAACAUGUGUUUUCCAGCUGAAGGGCCACAUCACCCCAGUAAGAACGCUGGCCUUCAGCCCCGAUGGUCUGGCUCUGGCAUCUGGAGGAUUGGGAGGCCUUGUGAACAUCUGGUCCCUGCGGGAUGGGUCAGUGCUCCAGACAGUAGUAGCCGGUUCAGGUGCGAUCCAGAACAUUGUCUGGAUCCCAGAUGUGGGUGUCGCCGUCUGCUCCAACAGGUCGAAGGAUGUGCUGGUUGUGAACUGCUCCAAAGAGUUCAUGGCGUCCAACCAUGUGCUGGCCACUUGCCGCACAGCUCUGAAAAAGCAGGGCGUGGUCGGCCUCAACAUGGCACCCUGCAUGAGGGCCUUCCUGGAGAGACUGCCUGUCAUGCUGCAGGAGCAGUACGCCUACGAGAAGCCCCACGUCGUAUGUGGGGAGCAGCUCGUCCACAGCCCCUAUAUGCAGUGCCUAGCCUCCCUGGCUGUGGGACUCCACCUGGACCAGCUCCUGUGUCGCCCCCCUGUGCCUCCUAACCUCCGACACUGCCCACCAGAGUCUGGCACCGCCGUCUGGUGUGCCAGCGAGUGGGCCUGGUUGGACUGCUUCUCUACAACGGUCAAGGCGGCGGAGGCCCUCGCUCGAGGCGCCGCCUUCUCCGAGUCGUUCUCUGUUCCCGACCUGGAACCUGUGCCCAAAGAUGAUAUGGUUCUGCUCAUGGACAACAGUAAAUGGGCGUCUGGUAUGGAUGAACAGAUCAUGUCCUGGGCCACCUCCAGACCAGAGGACUGGCACCUUGGGGGGAAGUGCGAUGUGUAUCUGUGGGGUGCAGGGCGACACGGCCAGCUGGCAGAGGCUGGCAGAAACAUCCUGGUGCCAACCACCGCCCCAUCCUUCUCUCUAGCGCAACAGGUGGUGUGUGGUCAGAACUGCACCUUUGUGAUCCAGCCUAACGGGACAGUGUUGGCCUGUGGGGAGGGCAGCUACGGCCGUCUGGGUCAGGGCAACUCUGAUGACCUGCAUGUUCUCACCGUCAUCUCAGCUCUUCAAGGUUUUGUUGUGACUCAGCUGGUGACGUCAUGCGGCAGCGACGGCCAUUCCAUGGCUCUGACGGAGAGCGGUGAGGUGUUCAGCUGGGGAGACGGGGACUACGGUAAGCUGGGCCACGGGAACAGCGACCGCCAGCGCCGACCGAGACAGAUCGAAGCGCUGCAAGGAGAGGAGGUGGUGCAGAUGUCCUGUGGGUUCAAACACUCUGCAGUAGUAACCGCUGAUGGGAAGCUUUUCACAUUUGGGAACGGGGAUUACGGCAGACUGGGUUUGGGAAACACCUCGAACAAGAAGUUACCGGAAAAGGUCACCGCUCUGGAGGGCUACCAAGUCGGACAGGUGGCUUGUGGUUUGAACCACACUUUAGUCGUCUCCGCUGAUGGAACGAUGGUUUGGGCUUUUGGUGACGGAGACUACGGAAAACUGGGACUCGGCAAUUCCACAGCCAAGUCCUCACCUCAGAAAGUGGACGUGUUGUGUGGAAUCGGCAUCAAGAAAGUGGCAUGUGGAACACAGUUCUCUGUGGCUUUAACCAAAGAUGGCAAAGUUUUCACGUUCGGUCAAGACCGCCUGAUUGGCUUGCCAGAAGGCCGAGCCAGGAACCACAACCGGCCCCAGCAGGUGCCGGCUCUGUCAGGGAUCCACAUCCAGGAUGUGGCUGUCGGAGCUGAACACACUCUGGUGCUCUCCUCAACAGGAGACGUUUACACAUGGGGCAGCAACUCAGAGGGACAGCUGGGUCUGGGCCACACCAACCAUGUCAGAGAACCUACGGUGGCGACAGUGCUGCAGGGCAAGAACAUCCACCAGAUCUCUGCUGGACGCUGCCACAGUGCUGCCUGGACGGCUCCCUCUGUACCGCCUCGAGCACCAGGCUCGUCGGUUCCUCUCCAGCUGGGUCUCCCUGUGGCGGUGCCUCCUCAGUACAGCGGGCUGAGAGAGGUCAGCAUCGAGGCGGUGAGGGCUCGCCUGCGACUCCUCUACCACUUCUCUGACCUCAUGUACUCCUCGUGGAGACUGCUCAACCUCAGCCCCAACAACCAGGGCUGUACGUCCCACUACAACGCCGGUACCUGGGGGAUUGUUCAGGGCCAGCUGAGGCCCCUGUUGGCCCCCAGAGUGUACACUCUGCCCAUGGUGCGCUCCAUAGGCAAGACCAUGGUGCAGGGCAAGAACUACGGCCCCCAGAUCACCGUCAAACGGAUCUCCACACGGGGACGGAAGUGUAAACCGAUCUUCGUACAGAUCGCCCGCCAGGUUGUGAAGCUGAACGCCUCGGACCUCCGACUGCCCUCCAGGGCCUGGAAGGUGAAGCUGGUGGGAGAGGGGGCCGAUGACGCUGGCGGGGUCUUUGACGACACCAUCACAGAGAUGUGUCAGGAGCUGGAGACGGGAGUGGUGGACCUGCUCAUCCCCUCCCCCAACUCCACAGCGGAGGUCGGCUACAACCGGGACAGGUUUCUCUUCAACCCAUCUGCCUGCCUGGAUGAGCACAUGCUUCAGUUUAAGUUCCUGGGUAUCCUGAUGGGCGUGGCCAUCCGCACCAAGAAGCCCCUGGACCUCCACCUGGCUCCACUGGUGUGGAAACAGCUGUGCUGCAUCCCCCUGCUGCUGGAGGAUCUGGAGGAAGUGGACCUCCUUUAUGUGCAGACGCUCAAAAGCAUUCUUCACAUUGAAGACAGUGGCAUCACCGAGGAGAAUUUCCACGAGAUGAUUCCCCUGGAUUCUUUUGUCGGGCAGAGUGCGGAUGGAAAGAUGGUGCCCAUCAUCCCGGGGGGAAACAGCAUCCCGCUCACUUUCUCCAACAGGAAGGAAUAUGUGGAAAGAGCUAUCGAGUACCGGCUGCAUGAAAUCGAUCGACAGGUGGCGGCGGUGCGUGAGGGCAUGUCGUGGAUCGUGCCGGUGCCGCUGCUCUCGCUGCUGACGGCCAAGCAGCUGGAGCAGAUGGUGUGCGGCAUGCCGGAGAUCUGCUGCGACGUGCUGAAGAAGGUGGUGCGCUACAGGGAGGUGGACGAGCAGCACUCCCUGGUGCAGUGGUUCUGGCAAACGCUGGAGGAGUUCUCCAACGAGGAGCGGGUCCUCUUCAUGCGCUUCGUCUCGGGACGCUCGAGGCUGCCCGCCAACACGGCCGACAUCUCUCAGAGGUUUCAGAUCAUGAAGGUGGACAGGCCGUACGAUAGCCUGCCGACCUCUCAGACCUGCUUCUUCCAGCUGCGUCUGCCUCCGUACUCCAGCCAGGCCGUCAUGGCAGAGCGGCUGCGCUACGCCAUCAACAACUGCCGCUCCAUCGACAUGGACAACUACAUGCUCUCCCGAAACGUGGACAACGCCGAGGGCUCCGACACGGACUACUGACGCAGGCACUUCCACACGUGCACACAAAUAAAUCACGGACAGUCAGUCGCGGACUGGCUUAUAUAAAACACACACAAACCCAGAGAUGCUUGGUGGUCUCUGCACCAGUCGUAGGGAACUCCUGAGCAGACGGGCCACUUUUUAAAUCCAUUUUACGUUCUUUCAAACAGCACAUAUUAUCAUUUCUCCUUGUGGUUUAUUAGCAAUUUUUAAAUAACACAAAGAUCCACACGAGAAGUACAUUGAGUGUUGAUUUUUUUUUUUUUGUUGCCCAUUACUCCACAUCCCAUUUUCAGGGUUUCUGCAUGGAGGUAUGUUUAUUAUUUGGAAAUGUGUAUAGAAUAUUCAAUCAAGUGGUGGAGGAAAAAAAAAGAAUACUGUACAUUGUGUAAAAUGCUUCAUUAGGAAAAUGUUUUGCAUAAUAUCCAUAUUUAUUGUUUUCAUUGCCUAUGCAGAGUUUCCCAAAGCAUACAGAAAAAACAAAACAAUAAAUGCUGCAUAACUGA